AUGCACCAAACACGAGAACUGAGCGCGUCAACCAAGUUUGAGAUCACCACAGCCCUUCAAAACAAUCUGUGCCAUGGCAAGCUUCCACGCGGGACUAUCAAGGCCAUUGCUGCUCGAUUCGACUUGAACCGUGGCACCAUACGCACCGUGUGGACUCGAUACAAGAAUGGCGUCAGCAUGUCUCGAAAAACCGGCCGCGUAGGUCCCAGGACGCGCUACACAGCGGAGGAGAUAACUACGCUAAUCAAGGACGUACCUCUCCAACAACGCAGUACCCUUCGUGACUUGUCCGAGGCAACGGGAAUAUCGACGUUCACCCUGAGCCGUUCCCUCAAGAACGGUGUGGUCCACCGUCGCUCAUCGCGCCUCAAGCCGUUGCUCACUGAAUACAACAAGCGUGAGCGAAUCGCAUUUUGUGCUGGACAUGUGGAACUUACCCGCGAUGCCGCCCAAGAGUACAUGGCGGACGUCGCAGAAGGCGACUGCCGGAAGGCGUACCUUGUUGAUGGUGAAGACAUGGACUAUCGGGCUUGCAAAUCAAAGCGGUUCAUCGCCAAGGUAAUGUUUUUGUGUGCCGUGGCCCGGCCGCGCGACGGCUUUGAUGGAAAGAUUGGGCUGUGGCCCUUCGUGAAAAGGACGCCGGCCCUGCGAAGUUCGCGAAAUCGUCAAGCUGGAACAUUGGUGACAACGCUUGUCAAUGUCGAUGGGCCCACGUACCGCGAUUACCUUGUCAACAAGGUUGUUCCUGCCAUAAAGGCCAAGUUUCCCAGCAUGAGCAAGCGCGUUGUUCUCCAGCAUGACAAUGCGACGCCCCACGGAAGCAUCGACGAGGCGACGCUGGCCCUAAUGUCCACCGAUGGGUGGCAGUUCGUGGUGCGUCGGCAGCCGCCAAACAGUCCUGACUUAAACGUCUUGGAUCUGGGAUUCUUUGCAUCUAUCCAAAGUCUGCAGUACAAAACUAUCAGUCGUUCUGUUGACGAGGUCAUUGCAUCGACCUUGAUGGCAUUUGAGACUCUUAGUGAUGAGAAGUUAGCCAAGGUCUUUUUGACCCUUCAAGCUGUCAUGCGGUUGGUACUUGAGCACCGUGGAAACAAUAACUUUAAGCUGCCUCACCUGAAGAAGGAUGCGAUGGGACGUGCAGGCACACUGACGGAGAAUUUGUCCUGUUGUGUGUCACUUCUCGUCGCUGCCAGCCUCCACUACCAUUAA